CCUCCCGCUAAUGCGUCGCUGUGCCUGUUAAACCCUAACAACGCCGGCUAAAACCCCCGCGUUCCUCCGUUCUUAGCUUCCGGCAAUUUCAGUAACAAUCUCUCGGGCAAAACUUGGAAGCUCGAGAAGCCGGAAAAAGCGGCAGAAAUGGAGGUCGAUUCGUCGACCGACCCGAUCGACUUGAAGGUCAAAGAGCUGCUGAAGGAAGUGGCGGUGGAGUACUCGCCGUCGUUCACCGAGCUCGUCGACGACGCGGUGUCCGCCAUCAAAGACGCCAUCGCCAAGAUUCCUGAUGACUUGCAGGUCAAGGCGGACUUGGCGCCGGCUUUUGUGAGAGACGUCGGGGUGGAUAAAGUCGAGUUCAAGUUCAAGAAGCCGACAUCUAUUAACGUUGGGGGCAGCUAUGCUACACAUUGCAUCGCAAAGCCUGACGUGAAUAUAGACCUUUUCGUUGGGUUGCCAAAGGAAUGUUUCCAUGAGAAAGAUUAUCUGGAUCAUCGGUACUUUGCCAAACGAAGCUUAUACCUCUGCACAAUAAAAAAAUAUUUGAAGUUCUCUAAAUCAGUCAGUAAGGUUGAGUGGUCCUUCCUCCAAAAUGAGGCUCGAAAACCCGUGUUAGUAGUCCAUCCAGCUGCAAAGCCUGUUGAAGUUCCUGGAUUAAUUGUUCGAAUAAUUCCAACCGCCAAAUCCUUAUUCAAUAUUUCAAAGUUGAACUUGAACCGCAGCAACAUCCGUGCUCUAAAUCAAGGUACUGCUCAAGCUACACCAACAUACAAUACUAGUAUAUUGGAGGACAUGUUUAUGGAGAAUAAUGUAGAGUUACUAAACAAAACGCUUGUUGGAUGUAAGGAAUUAAGGGAGGCAGUAAUUUUGCUCAAAGUCUGGGCCCGGCAGAGGAGUUCCUUGUACAUUCACGAUUGUUUAAAUGGAUUUUUAAUCUCUGUCAUCAUGUCAUACCUUGUAAGCGCUGGCAAGGUUAACAAUUCACUGAAAGCAAUGCAGAUAUUCCGCAUUACACUUGACUUCAUUGCCAAUUCAAAACUAUGGAAGCGUGGACUUUUCUUUCAAGGAGAGGGAGAGAAUGGUAUAUUGAAGGAGGAAAGGACGCAAUAUAUGAAUCUUUUCCCGGUAGUUAUAUGCAAUAUAUCUGCUUAUUUUAAUUUGGCUUUCCGCAUAUCAGACAAUGGUUUCCUUGAGCUCCAAUAUGAGGCUGCUUUGACCCUUAAGUGCAUGGAGAAGUGUAAAGAUGGUGGAUUCGAGGAGAUCUUUAUUACCAAGGUCGACUUUCCUGCUAAAUAUGAUCUAUGCUUAAGGAUUAACUUGAAGGAAAAUAAAGAAGUAUCUGCAUCUGGCUUUUGCUUGGACAAGGAAUGCUGGAGACUGUAUGAACAAAAGAUGCAAUCAGUUCUACAUCAAGGACUGAGCGAUCGAGCAAAGAUUGUUCGUGUUGCGUGGAAAAAUACCCCUUCUGAAUAUAGUAUAGAAAAUGGUUUAUCAACACUUGGUAAAGAGCCAUUGUUUGUUGGAAUUUCUAUAAGCUCCCCAGAUAAAGCUUUUAGAGUGGUUGACAUAGGUUCUAAUGCUGAGAACAAGGAGGAGGCCCUCAAGUUCCGGAAGUUCUGGGGGGAGAGAGCAGAGCUUCGGAGAUUUAAGGAUGGCACAAUUGCAGAAAGCACAGUAUGGGAUUGUCAACCGUGGACGAGACAUCUCAUUAUAAAAAGGAUUGUGGAAUAUGUCCUCACACAACAUUUCUCUCUCUCAAAUGAAAACAUAGUACAUUAUGUUGAUCAGCUUGACUUUUGUUUGCUUCAUGGUGUUGAAGAUCCCAUGGCAUUUUCUGGGUACUUAAUUCGAGCAUUUGAGGUUUUGUCUAAGCGCUUGCGCCUCAUUCAAGAUAUCCCUUUAAAGGUCUCUAGUGUACAGCCUCUGGACUCAGCUUUCAGGUUCACAUCUGUUUUUCCUCCGGAACCUCAUCCAUUGAUUGCUGAGAAGAGUGAACUCCCUAGACAAGUUAGGCAGAUUCCAUUGUGCAUUCAACCCCUGGAAGUUAUGAUUCAGUUGGAAGGGUCAGGGAAUUGGCCAAUGGAUGAUGUAGCGGUUGAGAAAACUAAAACUGCCUUUCUUCUUAAAAUUGCAGAAAGUCUCCAGAAUAGUUACGGAAUGACAUGUUCUGCAAGUGAGGAUGAUGUAGAUGUGUUGAUGUCUGGAUUUGCCUUUCGUCUAAAAAUCUUGCAUGAGAGGGGCUUGAGUUUGUUGAAGAGAGAAAUUGGAAGUGAUCAAGGGAAGCGAGCCUCUUCUGUAGACAAGAAACUUUUCAUACGUGGCCAGCAUGCUAGUAUGAUUAAUGGCUUGCAGGGUCGUUAUCAAUUAUAUGGGCCAGUUGUCAGGCUUGCAAAAAGGUGGGUGGCUUCGCAUCUCUUUUCAGCUUGCCUAAAGGAGGAGUCAGUUGAGCUACUGGUCACGUAUCUCUUUCUGAAGCCUUUUCCAUUUACUGCUCCCUGCUCACGAAUCACUGGCUUCUUGAGGUUUCUGAGGCUGCUGUCGGAGUAUGAUUGGACCUUCUCUCCCUUAGUUGUUGACAUAAAUAAUGAUUUGGGCCCAGAUGAUGAGAAAGAGAUCAAUGAAAAUUUCAUGACCAGUAGAAAGAUUUAUGACCAGAAUCCACUAGCUGUAGACCCUCCAAUGUUCAUUGGUACAGCAUAUGACAAGGCAUCUGAAGCUUGGACCAGAUCCUCACCCAAUUUCCUGGAACUCAAAAGGUUGGUGGCUUAUGCCAGAAGCAGUGCAAAUUUGUUGACCAAACUAAUAUUGCAUGAUCAGAUCAAUACUUACAGAUGGGAGUGCCUUUUCCGGACUCCUUUGAGCAACUAUGAUGCUAUAAUUCUUCUACAUAGGAAUAAACUGCCUUACCCACAACAUCUGCUUUUCCCGUCUGAAAUGAAUGAAGGGAGAACUGUAGCGCUAGGAAGUGCUAGUAAAGCUUUUCGCCCCUUCAUGACAUCAAAAGACUUGAAGGGUAGCUUGGAAGAAAUAAAAAAUAAGCUUAUGGUCAACUUUGAUCCUUUGCAGUGUUUUCUCAAGGACUUACAGAGAGAGUUCCCGGAAACAUUCAAGUUGUGGUACGAUUCUCUCGGUGGUGAUGCAAUAGGCCUCACAUGGGAAAGAUCUGGGCUGAAACGGGCACGAGAUGAGGAAGGUGAGGGAAGGAGUGACCCAGUAGAUAUGCUAAAAACUGUCGGUGAGGUUGGGAAGGGUUUCGUGAGGAGUGUAUAUUUUCUCAAGGCUCCAAGCCUCAUGAACUGAAAGGUCUUCAAUUCCAAGGAUCUUGGAUCAGGGCAUUUUCUAUGUUGUACUUACUUUCCAUUUAUUCCCUCGAACAUAUUCUCCACAUAGUUAAGCCGUUGCUCAAAGAAUGAAAGGAAAUAGGUCUUCUUGGGUGAGUGGUGUAUUUUUGUUCGGCUGGCUUUCUUUACCUAGGAUAUUUUGCGGCUGCUGGUUGUUGUGAUACAUGAGAGUAGAAAGUAACUUGUGUCCUGACAACAAACUUUCAAAUGUAUGUAAAAGUUUUGGCACGGUUGAUUUUUA